UGUGUUUCUAUAUCCGCUUUAAAUUAUAAUUUACCUUCGGUCAGCAAAGACACAUCAGUCCCAAUCCUGCUGAAAAAUAAGUUUGUCAGUCCAGGAUGGUUGUGCAGGUAGUAGUUCUGCUCUACUGGCUUCAUGUUAUGUGUGCUCUUGUGCUUGCGGAUGUGUGGAAGGCACAAUUAGAGCCUAAUAUGGAUGCUGUUGUGUCAUCUUGUGUUGUGUUGCCCUGUACAUUCAAAUACCCUGGACAACAUCAACCAUCCGCACGUAUGAGGGGAAUUUGGCACAAAGAAAACAAAAAAACCGAGUUCAUUUAUCAUGAAGAUUCUUUGAAGAUUCUUGAUGAUUUCAAGUCUCGCACAAAACUGGUUGGUAAUAUGGACAAACUCAACUGCUCUUUGGAGAUCGAUGCCGUCAAAAGCCAUGACAACGGCCCAUUUUGUUUCAGGGUUGAAUUAGAGAGAGAUGAUAAAGACAAAUUUUCAUUUGUGGACAAUUGUGUUUCAGUUAAAUUGAUUGGCAAAAAUGAAGAUAUAUUAAAACCAAAGCUACAUUAUAAGCAGUCUGUGGAGGAGGGUGUUCCCGCAGUCUACAAAUGCUACGUCUCCCACACCUGCCCUUCCCAUCAUCCCACUCUCACCUGGAACCAUACAGAAAAAAAUGUCCUGGUCAGCUACAAGUACAUGACUCAUGGAACAUGGGAAGUGGAGUCUAUCCUGACCAUCACCCCCAAAAAAGAGGAUGAUCACAGUGCAAUAACAUGCACAGUCAGAUACCAUGGAGGCCUGGAAGCCUCAACUACAGUCAGUAUUUUUGUGAAAGAACAAGUAACUCUCAACCACAUCCUCAUUCCAUCCAUCACUGGGCUUGGAGUCUCGGUUUUGUUUGCAGGGAUGUGUUUCUUCGUGGUCAAGAGAUAUAAGAAACGCAUUCAAGAACUCCAGUCCAGAAAUGACAACGGAAUGUGGAGUCGACUAUCAAGAAUGUCUCGCAGAUUUCGUUCAGGUAGAAACAGCGGUGAACAAGUUAGGAGAGACCAGAGGAAAAACAAGGUUUGUAACAUGCCAGGAAAAGAGCCUUUCUCCAAACCUCGUAUACCAUCACCAAAAAGUCAGCCAAAAUCAUAUUCUGGUCAUGAUUAUGAUGAUGAAUACAACAAAUCAGCUGACCUCAACAUAUAUGGAAAUGUCUGACGCAAAAUGUUGCAUGUCGUUGAAACCAUGGCCUAGCACUUAGCGGUCAAAUACAUGGCACUCAUGUUACAUGAGUUUGAGUCAAGUUUGACCCAUUCCCUAUCCUUUUAAGCUUCAGCAACAGGCCUCAGGAUUUAUGGGUUAAAUAGGUGUUUUUAUUUCAAUAAACAUAAUUACUUGGUCUACUUUUGAGUUGUUUGUGUAGAUUUUUAUUUUUAUUUUUUUUUGCUGUGCGGUGCCGUUACUAUGUCCUGCACGCUACCAUUAUAUUGACUCUUAAAGGGCUAUGCAAUCCAGUCCAGAACCUUGAUGAUUUUUUGGGAAAAUGCAAUAAAGAGGCUUUAUACAAAAUAACACAUGCUUUUAUACAUUUAACAUUAUUAUGUAACCCUAUUUUUCAUUUGUAUUUCACUUUUUCAAGAUCUUGUCUAAUUCAAUUCUGUGUCCUGUGUUAAAGAUGAAUAUCUGUGAUUUUUUGAGUUGUGGUGGUUUUGUCAGGUUGUGAAUGAAAGAGCCCAAGGCUAAUCUCAUUGUUUGAAAUGACCUGCUUUGCCUGUGAUUUUCACCAGCAGAGAUGGAGUCAUGACUUGCUAUUUUCAUGGUAUAAUUGUAUAUGUUUAAACAUUUAUAACCAAAAUAUUACUUGCUUUGAG